UUGUGUUAUUCGUUGAGAAAAUGGAUUCGUGGAUGUUUCGGUUGUUCUUGGUAUCCCUGAUAAAUUUUGUUGCGUGUAAAAAUGAUACUUCAUCAUCAAGCAAUAUUGAAUAUAAUAAAUUAAUAAAUACAAUUAAUUUCAUCAAGCCACAAAAUUUAUUAAACUCAAUGAUAAAUAGUGAAAUAAAUAAUAAAAUAACAAUUAACAAUACAAAGUGUAAUAUUCAUUUAAAAAAAUUAUCAAAUGAUACACGAAAAUUUGAAUCAUGGGCAUUGAAAAUGUUGGAUUCAUCAUCAAAAAUACCAUCUGGUAUUUUAAAAGGUAAUUUAAAAGAUUUAGGAAUGUGGGAUGAGUGUCAUUCAAUUAAAAUUCAAAAAGAUGAUGAAUCAAUACAAGGUAGACAUUGCAUGUAUACUGUCAAUGUACGAGAACAAAAUACAGGUGCAUCAAUUUUUGUAUCAUUAUCAAUAUGUCUACCUGAUACAUGUGAAGCAGGUAUGAUAAAAGAAUCAUUGUCAUCUUUAACUGACAUGGUACCACGUGAAUUACAGAUAACACCAACAGUGACAAGUGUCAAAUGUUCCCAAAUUGAUUCAGAACCUUGGAGUGUUGGUGCAAUCAUAGUAAUCAUUUGUUUUGUUGUUUUUUUAAUAAUUCUAAUUAUUAUAACAAUAUGUGAUGUUUAUCAACAAUCAACAUCAACAAAACACGCUGAUAAUUUAUCAUCACAAAUUAUUUCAAAUUUUUCAAUGUACAAUAAUGCUAAAAAAAUACUCAGUAUGAAAGUACCAUCUGGUAAUUUACCAGCAAUACAAGGAAUAAGAUUUUUCAGUAUGUCAUGGGUUGUUCUUGGACAUGAGUAUUUUUUAUUAAUGAUGAGUGCAACAAUUAAUCAAGCUGAAUUUAUUAAUUACACACAUUCAUGGGCUGGAAUUUAUGUACUCAUUGCACCAUUUAGUGUUGAUACAUUUUUUGCAAUAAGUGGAUUUUUAACGUCAUAUUUAUUUAUGAAAGAAAUAUGGAAAGGAAGAAAAUUUAAUCCAAUAAUGUAUUAUAUUCAUAGAUACUGGAGAUUAACACCACCUGUUGGUGUGCUAUUAUUAUUUAUGAUAUUUAUUUGUCGAAGAAUGGGAUCUGGUGCACUUUGGGAAAAUAAUAUUGUAAUACAAGAAAAUGCAUGUGCCAACAAGUGGUGGGCAUUAUUGUUAUAUGUACAAAAUUAUCAAGGAUCUUCUACAAUGAAUUGUCUUGGUCAUACGUGGUACUUGGCUGUUGAUAUGCAACUUUUUUGGCUAUCACCAUUUAUACUUUAUCCACUGGCAAAACGUCCAAAGAUUGGACUAACAAUACUUGCUGGAUUAUUUGUUGCGUCAAUUAUUAUACCAGCAAUUGUUUCAGUUAAAAAUGAGUAUUCUGGUGGUGCAUUUACUGUUGCAAAUAUCAGCGGAAUUCUUGAUAUGAUGGAAAAUUAUUAUAUCGUUAGUUAUACAAGAGCUGGACCUUGGCUCAUUGGAAUUUAUGUUGGCUAUGAAAUUGCUAAAAAAAAUAAUAAAAAACCAUCAUUAAUAUUUGUUUGGUUUGGUUGGAUCAUGACUGUACUUGCAUUUUCAUUUUGUAUAUUUAGUUAUCGUAUAUUUCAAGUUGAUUAUAAAUUUAUUAAUUGGUGGGAAGCUUUUUAUGCUGGUUUUGCAAGACACACAUGGGCUUGUGGUAUUUGUUGGAUUAUUUAUGCAUCAAUACAUGGUUUUGGUGGUGUUAUAAGUACAGUUUUAUCACUGCCAAUAUUUUUACCAUUGAGUAGAAUUUCUUAUUCCAUUUAUCUUAUACAUUAUGUCUAUGAGUAUAUGAGAAUCAGUGCAAUCAGGUCACCCGUCUAUUUUGAUGAUAUUCGAACGAUUCAAACAUUUCUUGGUGAUUAUGUUGCUAUUAUUUUGAUUUCAUUUUUAUUUUGUCUUGUAUUUGAAUCACCAUUUGUGGCUCUUGAAAAAAUAAUACUUGGUACAAAUAAAACAAAAAAACCACAAAAAAAAUCAAACGAUGAUGAAGAAGUUGGUGAAAUUAAUUAUGCUUAUAAUGGUAAUAAUAACACUAAAAAAGUAGAUUAUUAAAUGUCAAUUAUAUGUACUUGAAUUAAGACUGAAUUAUAUAUUCAUUAAAAUUAAUUAAUGAUAUUUAUUUAAAUUUAAAAAUAAUAAUAUCAUGAUUUAUUAUUUAGCAUAUAUUUCAUGUAAAAAUAACAAAAAUACGUGUGCACUAUAAAAUUGAAAAUUUAUGAGUAAAAAAAAAAUAAAAAUAAUAAAAAAAAAAAAAAAAUAAAGAAAAAUAAGAUAAUUUUAAUUUUAAAAAUA